AUAUACCCAAAGUCAGUCCUGGCGGAACUGAAGUUGACCAGAUCGGAAGUGGGUCUGUUGUUCAAGCGUCGUCGCGGUUCAAAGAUGAGUGGGGACAACUCCAGGAACAAGGAGUUUGAGGAACAGCUGCGCCUGCAGCAGCUGUACGGCCAGAAGCCAGGGGAGGGGACCGAUCCCUACACCUUCACCGACCCAGAAGAUGGAACCGUCUAUGACUGGGACCACGACAAGAAGGCCUGGUUCCCCAAAAUCACAGAGGACUUCCUGGCAGCAUACCACGCCAACUAUGGAUUCACCAAGGAAGGCGAGCAUGAUCCGGAUGCAGCGGUGUUGGCCGGUUCUGCCCCAGCAGCUCAGGGUCCAGACGGCAAAUCAAAUAACACAGACCCGACCCCCACCAAGGACCAGGACCCAGGAAAGGAGGCCAAACAGAAGGGAGAGAAGAGGAAAGCAGAUCCAGGAUGGUUUGAUGUAGACAAAGACAAGAAUACCAACGUAUAUGUGUCAGGCCUGCCUCCAGACAUCUCCACGGAGGAGUUUGUGGAGGUCAUGUCCAAGUGUGGCAUUGUCAUGAGAGAUCCCAUCACUGAAGAGUACAAGGUCAAGCUGUACAAGGAUCACCAGGGCAACCAGAAGGGAGACGGCCUCUGCUGCUACCUCAAGAAGGAGUCGGUGGCCCUGGCUCUGCGUCUGAUAGACGAGUCGGAGAUGCGGGGCUACAAGCUCCACGUAGAGGCAGCCAGGUUUGAGCUGAAGGGCCAGUACGACUCCAGCAAGAAGAAGAAGAAGAGCAAGGAGUACAGGAAGAAGCUGCAGGCACAGCAGAAGCAGCUGGACUGGCGACCGGAGAAGAAGGGGGAGGUGAGAAAGAGACACGAGCGUGUUCUGAUAAUCCAGAACAUGUUCCACCCCAGCGACUUUGAGGAAGACCCUUUGGUUCUGAACGAGAUCCGGGAUGACCUGAGGACGGAGUGUGAGAAGUUUGGCCAGGUGAAGAAGGUCAUCAUCUUUGAUCGCCAUCCUGACGGCGUGGCAUCUGUAGCAUUCAAGGAGCCGGAGGACGCAGACGUGUGCCAGGUGGCCCUGGAGGGGCGCUGGUUUGGGGGACGCAAACUGUCGGCCCAGCUCUGGGACGGAACCACAGACUAUCAGGUGGACGAGACCUCGAGGGAGCGAGAGGAGCGGCUGAAGGGCUGGGCCAAUUAUCUAGAGGGGAAAGGGGCCAAGCCCACUGGGCCCAACCCUCUAGAGCAGUCCACAGGCCCCUCUACAGACCCAACUACAGACAGCAGCACUGACCAACCAAGCACCACAUCCACAAUCACACUCCCAGACAACAAGGCCUCAAGCCAAUCAGUGGAAGGGGCUGCAAAGAACCAGGAAGUAGAACAGGAAGCAGACUCCACAGACAGCAGCCUGGCAGGAAGUGAUGAAGAGGACACAUAAGCAUGGACUGUGGUCUCCACCCCCUUCACCUCGUUGUCUGAUUGGUGCAUAGAGUAUGUGGACAGUUGGAAAUGAUUUCUCCUUGGAUACUGAUAAUAAAAUCUACUUUUUUCACAGUAA